GGAUGUCAAUGUCAUCAAAAACUUAAAAAUGUUUUUUCUAAUAUGUAGUGCGCAAAUUAAAUAAUUUAGAAUAAUCAGUAAUAGAAAACCAGUUAAGCUAAUUCAAAUUUUCCUUAGAUACUAAAAUGUAUUCUGUAUCUAAAAUCAAGAAGAGGUCUUUCGGAGUCACACUAUGUAGAUUUCUAAGUUCAGCCGAAAUCUCCACAGCAUUAAGACCAUUUUAUUUCAGUGUUCAUCCAGAUCUUUUUGGGAAAUAUCCAGAGCAAAGGAAAACAAAUGAAAAUUCUUUACAACAGUUAAGUGCUUUGAUAGAGGCCCAACAAUCUAGUCGAACUAUGUCAAUACCUGCACUACCUUUUUAUUUAAGACAAAAGGAUAUGCCUGAAGGACAAUUUAAAUUAGUAAAAAUCAAGUUAAAUGGUAAUAAUGUGAGGGAAACAGUGGUCAAAGUGUUAAGUGCAUGUGAUAUAUCAACAAAUUAUGUUGAUAAAAUACCUGUAAGCACUAUGAAACCGGAAUUUAGCAUACCCGAUUUUAAUAAAGCAUAUCAAGAAUAUAAUUAUGAAUUUCAAAAUGUUACUCAAAUGAAAAGAAAAGUAGACGAAAGAAAAGUUAUUAACAAUGUAAUAAGCUGGAUUCAUGAGAACAGUAGUUUGGCUAAAGAGAAGUAUGAAUCUACAAAAGCUACCAGGGAUCAUGUGAAAUCAUUGACAGAGGAUCUUUGCAGAACUUAUGGUAUAAAGGAAGUUAAAUAUGACAGUGGUUGGAAUAUAAGCCACAUAAGGGGAGCUCUUCAGAGCCUUGCUUCGCUCGCUUCACAACAUCCCAAAGAUAUGGUUAAUUUAAAAGGUAGAACAAUAGCAUUGGGUCAAUUUACUGGAGUAAGUUUGGACGGUGAUGUAUUUCUUAAUAUUAUUGAUGUUAGGAAUGAAUGGUUAUCUUUAAUUAAAAAGGUUAGUCAAGAAGAUGGCGCGUUAAGUCAAAUACCGAAUUACGAGAAAGCUCUUUCCAGAAUAUUGAGAGAUAUUCAUAUAUGUAGAAGGAAAUUUAUGCCCAAAGUGUCUGCAACUCAGUACUGCAACCAUUUGCGACAGUUGAUAACAUCUAUUGGAGACUUCUAUGGUUAUGGCAAGAAGUUCCCAGCAUCGGUACCAGAAUCUCUUAGUAAAUAUGAAAUUGUUGUAGAGCCUGAAGCAGGUCCACUGAUGGUUUCUCCGACUGGCCAGUUCAUAACUCCAUCAUCGUGUCCCGCAGACGAGCUCAUUGCCUUCAUGGCCAAUAACCUAGAUGAGGCCAUGAUGCUUCUAACUGAAUAUAGCAUUAAUAAACAUGUAGAGAAAGCGCUGUACGUGGAAGUAAAAGAGCGCUUUGGUCUACUGGAGCUGCACAAAGACGACAGCAUCACGCCCGCGCUCAUGAUCUUAUGCUGUCAGAGAUUACUCACCAGGAUAGAUAAACUCAAUACUAAACUACGCGGAAAUAUUCUUUAUGUGACACAUUAUUACUCAGUGUUGUCGGAAGGUAUCUUGUGUAUACCAUGGGACUUCAAAUAAAACUACAAAUAAAUCAUCUAAUUAGUGAAAUUUAGAAUCGGAAAGUUUGACGACAAUAUUCUUUAAAGAUAUAGAAAAAUUAGUUUUACGAUUAACGUACAUUCGUUCACACAAGGUGGACGAGGAGUUGACGAAUACGCGUUAACCUUUAGACUAUUUUAUUACAACUUUCAUUCCUCCACUAAUGUAGUAAUCUGAUUUAUGUAUUUUUUAUAUGUUCAAUUCUGUUAUAUUUAUCAAGCCUUAAUAUAAAAUAAUAAAGAAUGCCAGAGGUUCUCAACCUUUUUCACGAAUAAUUGUAAUAACUUUGUUAUAUUUUUCACUAAUUUAACUUAGAAAACCCCUGAACUCAAGUUAGAUCUCGCGAUUAAUAAAGUUUCUUUAGUAGUUUGGGAACUCAUAAUAUCAAGAGUUAGAGAUAAGAACAUUGUUAUGAAAUUGUUUAUUCAUAUUUAUAGAUUAACUAUUUUCAUUGCCCGCCAGUGAUUUUAUAUCUAUAAAAAUAAUAAAU